ACGUCGCUGCCUUGCGCAAAACACAUUCACGAUUACGACGACGCAAUCUACGGUUGAGAAUCUCGUGAGCAUCGGAUCGAGAUACACGCGCGCAUACAAGUCUUCCGGCCAGAAUAUCCGCCACCAACACGCGAGCUCCGAGUAAGAGAAGAGAGACAAGAUGCAGAUCAAAGUGCGAACCCUCACUGGCAAGGAGAUCGAGCUCGACAUCGAACCCGACUACAAGGUCUCCAGGAUAAAGGAGCGCGUCGAAGAGAAGGAGGGCAUUCCCCCGGCACAGCAGCGUCUGAUUUACGGCGGCAAGCAAAUGGCGGACGACAAGACUGCGGCAGACUAUCAGCUGGAAGGUGGUGCUACGCUGCAUUUGGUACUGGCCCUGCGUGGCGGAUGCUAGACUUCUCCCUCUUACGGAUCACGAACCCACACUACUUCGUACAUAGCGACCGUGGAAUUGCGGAUGACACCAUAGGGAAGGAAAUGAGGGAGCAAUAAGGAAGGCGCUGGCACUUCGGAUGCGAAGAGAAAUGGUACUUUCAGAGCACAAUUUGGCAGGAAUGACACUUUCAUGAUACA